CACCAACCGCUGAGAUAGAGCAACUAUCAUCACUGCCGGCUCAACAGAGGCUGGGAAAGAGGAGAAUUUGGAUACGUCCCAGACGACCAACUAAGUGACCAUGAAGUCGACAUGUCUGCUUAUCUUGGCUUCUCUCGUGGUCUGCAACUUGGCCGUGUCUGGAGGACAGGGCAUCCCCGAUGAGGAUGAGACGGACCGAAGCACCAUAGACGACAUCAUACUACAGAGAGCAGAAAGUCUCCUGUUACGGUCCAUUCUCAGAAAGAUGCAGGAUGAAGACGGCAGAAGCGAGGGAUCUUCCUCUCAGACAGAAUGGGUGACAAAACGACAGCAUCCCGGUAAGAGAUAUAGUGCGGAUUUGGAGAAGCGACAGCAUCCGGGGAGGAGAGAAGAAGAUGAGGACGAACAAUACUUGGAUGUUGAAAGGAGACAGCACCCGGGCAAGCGCGAAGAUGAAAUGCACUCGUUCAUGGAGCUCCAGAAAAGGCAGCACCCGGGAAAGCGCUCCGCGACGGGACACAUUUCAGAAAACCCCCUAAUGCUCCUGAGUGAACUUUCAAAACGGCAGCACCCGGGCAAGCGCUACCUGGUGCUGCACAGCAAACGCCAGCACCCAGGUAAGCGCCAUCCCGCGGAUGAGGACGGCGAUGGGGACUGGGAUGCGGAUGCAAAUGGAAACGAUGACCUCGCUGAGUUGGGAAAGCGUCAGCACCCAGGAAAACGGUUUUGGGAUAACUCCAAUCCGGAUUUAGGCACAAACAGUCCGUGUGAUGUUUUGGACCCUACGAGCUGCAGCAAGACCAGUUUGCUGCUCGACUUUUUAGACAACAUUAACAAGAGUCAUGCCGAGGAGAAGAGACAACACCCGGGUAAAAGGUUUGCACCCGAGGAGGAUUUAGUGGAUGGAGAGUAG